AUGUCUCAGCAAAUCAAUAAAAGUAUUUCUAAGAAACAAAAAAAGCUUUCAGACUAUGAAAAAGGACUUAUUAUCGGUGGUGCUCUCCAUGAUAUUUCAUUGACUACUAUUUCGGAGAAGACAGGCAUACCCAUGACAACUAGAGAUUUACGCCAGCUUAAAAACGAAAUGAAGAAAGAUCGUAAUGCCACACUUGGAGAACUUGUGGUGAUCCAGACACUCGGAUGUUGGAUUUAUCACAUAUAA